GAGACGCCGAGUUCGCCCACCGACCCGGAGCAGCGGCCGCACCAUGCACGUGAACGGCAAAGUGGCGCUGGUGACCGGCGCGGCGCAGGGCAUCGGCAGAGCCUUUGCCGAGGCGCUCCUGCACAAGGGCGCCAAGGUAGCGCUGGUCGAUUGGAAUCUUGAAGCAGGUGUAAAGUGUAAAGCUGCCUUGGAUGAACAGUUUGAACCUCAGAAGACUUUCUUCAUCCAGUGCGAUGUGGCGGACCAGGAACAACUGAGAGAUACCUUUAGAAAAGUUGUAGACCACUUUGGAAGAUUGGACAUUUUGGUCAACAAUGCUGGCGUGAAUAAUGAGAAAAACUGGGAAAAAACUGUGCAAAUUAAUUUGGUUUCUGUUAUCAGUGGGACCUACCUUGGCUUGGACUACAUGAGUAAGCAAAAUGGAGGUGAAGGCGGCAUCAUUAUCAAUAUGUCCUCUUUAGCAGGGCUCAUGCCUGUGGCCCAACAGCCUGUUUAUUGUGCUUCAAAGCACGGCAUAAUUGGAUUCACACGCUCAGCAGCGAUGGCAGCUAAUCUCAUGAACAGUGGUGUUAGACUGAAUGCCAUUUGCCCAGGCUUUGUUAAUACACCCAUCCUCGAAUCCAUUGAGAAAGAAGAAAACAUGGGACAAUAUAUAGAAUAUAAGGAUCAUAUUAAGGAUAUGAUGAAGUUCUAUGGAAUUUUGGACCCAUCAAUGAUUGCAAGUGGAUUAAUAACACUCAUUGAAGAUGAUGCUUUGAAUGGCGCUAUUAUGAAGAUCACAACUUCUAAGGGAAUUCAUUUUCAAGACUACGAAACAACUCCAUUUCAUGCAAAAACUCAGUGAACAUCUUAUAUGUCAACUAUAACUGAAAAUAAGAACAAAUGACUUCUAU